GUCGGCGGUCUGACGCUGGCGUACGCGCUUCGUAUCGCUUAGUCUCAACGCUCUCUAGUAACAAAGGUAUCAAUUCCAUUCAUCUCUUAAGUCGGUCCCCUAGUUCCGAUCUUUCAAAAAGUUUGCAAACUUAGAAGUUAAUUUUUAACUCACACUACCCGAAGUCGGUCCCAAGAUAGUUACAACUGUGCCGGUACCCGUAGUUCCUUAGAAGAACGAAAAUAUUCAGACAACAACUAAUGUAACAACAAAAAUAUAGCGCCUUACAAGGAUCGAGUGAAAAGUACUUAAGAUGGCGAAAGAAGAGUCGUGUCUGCCGCGGACCGCCGCGCUGGCGGCCGCGAUUCUCAUCCUGCUAAGUGCGUCAGGCGAGUGCCUCCAGUGCUACUGGUGCGGGCCGCUGGCGGAGCAGGUGCACCGGCGCGAGCGCGCGCCGCCCUGCGACAAGCUCUCCGACCAGGUCACAGCCUGCGACCCGGGGUACACGCACUGCGCCACCGUCGCCUCGUCACCGCCCUUCGUCGAGUCCCGGUACUGCGUGAAGUUCUACCAAGACGAAUGCUACCUCCUGCACUGCAACUCGACCAACAACUACCGAAUGACGUGCCCCUGCCGCGGGGACCUUUGCAACGGCCCCAAAACCGACCGAGAGACCGACGCCUUCAAUGGACUGGUCAAAAUCGUCGCAAGAAAUCGAAGACUAAAACGAAAUGCCAUAACAUCCAGCACUUUCAUCAAUUCUGGUAAAACCAAAAUGAAUAAUAUAAUCGAAAACGAUGAACACGAAGAAAACGCUAUUGUUAACGAUAAGAACAACGAAACUGAUGCCAACGUUACUGCUGAACAACCAACAACAGUAACAGAACCUGCAUCCAAUAUUACUAUGACGUCAAUGAAUACAACGCCUGAAACACAAAUAGACAUGAAGCAGACAACGGAUGAACCUAAAAUGGUAGAAAGCAGUAGUGAAGCCAGUAAAGAAAUGCCGAUCUCUUUAGAAGUAGCAACAACAAUGGCAGAAGCUCUUAAAAUAGACUCUACAACGACAAAAGCCCCAGAAAUGAUGAUGAAAGCUGAUGUAGUAAAAGAAAUGGUUUCGACAAAAGCUCCUGAAACGAUGAUGAAAUCUGUUGAUGUGAAAGAAAUGGUGAGCAACGAAAUAAAACCAAGCAUGCAACUACCUACUGCUGAAGCGCUUCAGCAAAACGACAGUCCAGCAACGACUGAAAAAUCUAUGGAACAAAUGACUGAUACCACUACACUUACUACCACGACUGACGCUUACAAGAACGGGUCGCCUAUGCCACCGAAAUCUAAAAACGAUUCAGCAGCGGUGACCUUCAAUCCUUUUAUACUUAUAUGCAUUUUAGCAUUUAGUAUUAUUUUGUAAGUGCACUGUUAUUGGAUAAUGAGACAUUCUUUUAGAAUUACAAUCAUGGUUAUCUAUUUUCUUUCUCAUAACCUUAGGAAGAUUGAAUAGUUGUGCCGUAAAAAUAUGUGAUAAUGAUCUCUAUCAAAUAGCUUUAAAAAGACCGCAGUUCUCAUUCAUCACAAACUACUAGAUUAGUUAAUAUUAAGUAUUUUAAAAUCACUUUUGAGUGCAUAACACAAUUGUUGUAAUCAAUUUAUUGGGAGCAAAUUGUAUAUUGUAAAUAUUAGUAGAAUAUAAUAGAUUGAUAU